AUAGAAAAAGUAGAGAAGCGAGUUAGGAAAAGCAGACAGUCUGAUGAACCUGUCAAUGAAGAUCAUUGAGAGGUCAAUCGAGACAGAAAAUUCAGGAAACGUCGACGAUAACAAAAUUUACCUAGUGUCACUUGUAGCGUACGAUUUUCGCAAUUUUUUAAUCAUGCUAAGGGGACAUUUUGGUUCCUUCGAAUUGGUACGAGCCAUUUUUAACCCUGCGUUUAGGAGAAAUUUAUCUGGAGCGUCGAUAAGAUAUGCAGAAGACAAAGACAAAAAGAAAGCUGACAAUGUCUUCUCUUGGUUGAAAGACAUCUUCAGAUCUGACGAUGGAAUGCAGGAAGCUCGAAAAGUGAGCAUCAGUGGUGGUCCAGUGACAGUGCUCGAUUAUCCGGAAACCAACGAAGCGAGUUUAAUAAACUUGAAAUUCGAUCAAGGUUCCAUCGAGUACAGAAGAAACUUUUAUGACCCAAAGAACAACAAUAUCGAUUAUGAAAAAUCCCAGCGUUUUUCUCCUCGUCACCAUCUUCUGGCUUUGUCUGAAAAAAUAGACACUUCGAUUCGAACAAUAAUGGGCUGCACUCCCAGGAAUACUAAACCACCGAUUCGAGAGCCAAACAUGCCUGAAAAGCAAGAAAAGAAAGACGAAAAGAAAGAGAAGAAGAAAAAGAAGCCUGUAAUACGCAUGGAAGGUGGUCUCGGUGAUACCGAUCAAAACGAUCCGACUCUGAAAGCGGAAGGUACCCUUCACGAUAACUUGGACAUAAACUUACGUCAUCAGUGGGGUGUCAGACUUCCAGAAGAGGUUGCAAAGAGUGAAAAUAUGGAACUUCAGCAGUCAGUGGGUUCUGGUUAUCAGGUUCCUGUUUACGACAUGAAGAAUUUACAAUUGACCAUGAGUUCUUCCAAGGAUUCUGAAAGUAUAGACGCGAAAACAGAGGGACAGAUGGAAAGAAGAGAAACAACUCCUUUGAAUAAUGCUAAGCAACUAGCAAAGAAAUCUGAGUCCUCGAAGAACGUGUCUCCAGGUAUGAUGACCGAGGGAGGCGUUGUUGACGAAGACUACAACAUUCCUCCAGGGACACACGUCGACGCGGAGGUGACAGCUUGGAAAGAGUUAGUUCUGAGAUCGAAAGUGCCCGUGGAUCCUUCGAAAGAACAGUUCAUACCAGAGGAUGGAAGACAAGCUGAGAUGCUGUCUAUAAGACCCGAAGCACCGCGACCAAAAUUAGACGUGCAGGCUGUGCCUACGUCUUCUUCCAGCGACGAAACAAUGAACGAAGAAGAGGAUGAAGCAGAAUUCUCCUCGGACGAUCGCACCAGCUUCAAGCCGGACAUUGCUCGUGCCGGAAGUGGUGCCGAUGUUCAGAAGUUGGAUAGCAAGAAAUUGCACACUGGAUCGACAUGCUUUACGCGAAAAGGUUCUUCUCGAAUUCUUGAUACAAUCGACAAUAGUGUAGGUUUUGUCGCCUCGCAGAGGGCGUUAGAUUUUUCCACCAGUACUGACAGUGGCUGGGAAAGGAGCGAUCAGAGCACCGCGAAGGAGACGGAACCGGUACCCAUCGCUGCAGAAGUACAGGCGGAAAGCAGAUUUGAUCAGAGGUCAAGCGACAACACGGAGCUCGCUGAGAAUCCUUCUGACAAUCAGGGAGUGAAUGUCGAGGGUCGACAAGAGACAACGGCAAACUUUGAUCAACAAAGACAGGCAGAGAUGGACCAGGACUUCAGAGACAGUUUGAACAGCAUUGCUGAUAGGGAAAUGGACAUGGAGAUGUCGAUGAAUAGUGCGCGUGACGAGGAUCAAAGUAUGCGGGAAAAUAGUAGAAUGGCGAUCGAUAGACAGGAUCAAAGGCAGGCGGAAAAUGAAGGACAAUUACGUUCUCUGUCCGAAGAUUUUCAAGCCAGCUUCGAUUACGCGAGUACUCCUUACGAGGAUGACUUUUAUCCUACGUACGAGUCCAUGGCUUUGGAAGCUGUGCCAGAAAAAUCGAUUGUCAAGAAAAGCAAAGAACCUCUACAAAGCACCGCUGCGUCGAGUGACGUUCAAAACGACCAAGGAUACGUUAAUCCUGCGGAUGAAAUGGAAUACAGAGACGAAGAAUACACUUCAGAUGGAAACUAUAUAAGAAUACCCGGCGAUCCUUACCCAUACAGCCCAGAACAUUUUAACAAAUGGAGCAACAAUGAAACCACAAAACCCGGGGAAAAACUGGCCGAGAUUCAACCAUCGGUUAGAAAACUCCAUAACGAUGCUCAUGUUUCAACGUUGGGUGGGGCACAGGGUAAAGAGGUGCCUAAUUAAAUUAAUUAAUUAAUCAAUAUUUGUCAGCUUAAUGGAACUUUGUAAAUUCUUUGUAAAUGAAUAUUGCUGAAAUUUUGUGAUGUAUUACUUUAUACGGAUUUUGUAUCAAUUUUAUAUCGUUUUGAUAGAUAAUAAA